GAACAACCGAUUUUAGAACCAGCUGAUAUUAGAAUCAUUAUUGAACUACUUUUGGUUUUCUAAGGUAUUUAAUAAUAGAGCAUCAUGUCUAACAUUCUCUCUGUGUUCAACCCACCGCCUUCGCGUCAAUUAGAUACAAACGAGGUGAAUUGUCUCCCAUGUACUUUCAUACAAUCCAUGUUUGCCACUGGAGGUGGGAUCUACCUUAACUCUAAUAUUCCAUUCAAGGGCACAGAUGGUAAGGUAGAUUUCAAGAAGCAUCCAAUUUGGUGGCAAAAGUCUGUGAGAGGUAUAGGUAUACUACUUAUUGGUUUGGGUGCCUAUAGAUUUGGAGAAGUUGCACAGAUGGUAUAUAGGGAUAAGUUUGAAUAAAUGUACA